GGAUUCUGUGUUACUGUUUCAUUAAAUAAAGAAGACUGGGAUUUUUGUAAUAAGAGAAACCAGCAAUGACAAUUCCGCUCAUUUCUCCUUUCAUUUUGGAAAUGAUCAACUAAUAUGCAUACUACAACCUCGUGGCCUUCUGUGUAGUGGUGAAGAAAAGGCCGACUUUGGCGGUGCUGUGCGCUUUGUGGACUUAAUUGCCUGCCUGCGACGGGAGUGCUACUGGACCCGAGAAUCAUGGCAGAACUGCACAUUGUCGAGCCAAGCGGCACCCUGGACCACUCCGACCCCCGCGAUCUACGCACCCCGAUGCGACUGGCCUCCCCGACACUGGUGAUCUCCACACGCAGCGGCCCGCCCAGUCCCGGGGUGUCGGCUCGGGCGGGGAUCGGCUUUCCGUUUCGGAGUAACCCGAGCUCCCCCUCGGAACCUUGUGAGAAGCCGGGCUCCAAGUGGGUAAGGCUGAACGUCGGCGGGACCUACUUCGUCACCACCAAGCAGACCCUGUGUCGAGAACCCAAGUCAUUCCUUUACCGACUGUGCCAGGAGGACCCCGACCUGGACUCAGACAAGGAUGAGACAGGUGCCUAUCUAAUUGAUAGAGAUCCUACUUACUUUGGUCCGAUACUUAACUAUCUACGUCAUGGCAAACUGAUCAUUAACAAAGACCUGGCAGAAGAAGGGGUUUUGGAAGAAGCAGAAUUUUACAACAUAGCAUCUUUAGUUCGAUUAGUCAAAGAAAGAAUAAGAGACAACGAGAACAGGACAUCGCAGGGGCCUGUGAAACAUGUAUACCGAGUCCUGCAGUGUCAAGAGGAAGAACUGACCCAGAUGGUCUCCACCAUGUCUGAUGGCUGGAAAUUUGAGCAGCUCAUCAGCAUUGGCUCCUCCUACAACUAUGGAAAUGAAGACCAGGCGGAGUUUCUCUGUGUUGUUUCUCGAGAACUCAACAACUCCACCAAUGGCAUUGUAAUUGAACCUAGUGAAAAAGCUAAGAUUCUUCAGGAGAGAGGGUCAAGGAUGUGAGUCCACACACUUCAAUGAAUUGAAGACACACUGGCUGAGAUAUCAACUUGGUCAUCUUUUCUGAGAAUCACUGAAGACCGUAUGGUUUCCCAGAUAUACAGCAUGGUGAUUCUGUCCCUGUUGGAGAUUCACUCUCAUUUCCAACCACUCCCACACCUUACUUAUUUACAAUGAGUUGAUGCAUCAUGGGCUUCCCCAGAAAGUAUUAUUGUCCUUUUGCCAAAGGACCAUUCCGUAUGCCCAAAGUUCAUGUUUUAGAAUGGCUGAGUUUUUGGUGAUUGCACGUAUACUGAAUUCUUAUAAUGUAGGCAUGCAGCCUGUUUGGCACUAAAGUGUCACCUUUUAGAGUUCAAGCUCCUUUGGUGGUUUUGCCUGUUGUUCAUAGGGGUUUUUUUAUCACCCUUAUUUUUAGACUAGCCCUAAAUAUAUAGAACAUUAUUUUAUACUGAACUUUCAGAUACCCGUGAAGGACUGUAGCUCUGCAUCACAAUUUGGUAAAUGUGGUAAUGAGAGUGUAAUGCUCAGUGGUAACUUCUGAGUGAUAAGAUUUUUGCAAAUCUUUCACUGUGACUCCUUCCAUCUAACAUUUUAGGUGGUUGUUUUAUUUAAUUUGUCCGGAGAUAAACAGGUUUAGGUGGGUUGCGUUGAACGUUGUUGUAGGGGUAAAGAUUUCAGGGAUCUCAUUUGGGCAUUAUUAUAAUUAUCUGAAAAUGGGGUCUGCCAUUUUGGAUUCACCGAACUCGGAAAUAUUCUCGUCAGUUAGGGAUAUAAAGUACUAAAUGCAGUAUAUAAUAUUCUUCUGUAAGUCUUUGAAAGGAAAGCACAAUCUUUUGAUUUGCUGCAGCGGUUGACCCCUGGUUGUGUCUCUGAAUAUUCCAGCGCCUUUGCAAAAAAGUAGCAAGACUAAACUGAAAAGUUGAGAACUGAUUUGGACCUCUUUUAAAAUCAAACAAUCCUUGGUUGACAUGCACAUAUAGUGACGUGUUUACAUCAUUUUUAAUGAAGCAUAAAGGUGUUGUAUGUACACAACGAUUGCACUUAUUUGUUUUAUCAGAAAAACCUUCAAGGCAGAACAACCUCUGGGGCUUUGUGCUUUAAAAGGUUUAGCCCUUUAAAAUAGUUUACUCACGUUAGCUUCAUCAUUUCUGUUGUUCAUGCUUGGCAGUAUUGUAUCCAAAGCAGACGAGCUAUGGAUGCUGUAUUCCAAGUAAAAUGUUUUUUCCUUUCCAGAAGGCAAUUUGUGAUGGCAGCUGGAGGUGAAUUGUUUGAGCUUUUAUGCUGUGUUUUUUUUUAAUACUACCGAACCGGCCAUUCCUUUUAUUUACAAAUGCAAGUGAGGUGAAAGGUAAUCCUAGGGCUUUACUUGGAAUUAUCACUCAAACCACUUAGCAUUUUUUUAGUAUGAUCGUCUGAAGUCUAUUUAAAACAAUCUUCAGCUUGUAGUUUAAGUUCUAGCAAGUUGUGUCAUUCACAGGGAGUGGGUGCUUCUUUUCAGUGUUGCCUCUACUGGUCAAACAAAUUUAUUAUUAUUAUUAUUAUUUUUUUUUUUUUUUUUUUUUUUUUUUUGUAUUUCCUUUCUCAAGUGCAAUUUGCUUCAAAAAUGAAUUAAAAGCUGACCAGGCUUGCAGCAUCCUGUUCAGUUCAGGAUUUGGCAUCGCCAUCAAUUAUAGGUUUUGUUAUUUCAGCAGGAAAGCUUUGCAAUACUUUCAUUUUUCUACUGUGCAUUAUUUUAUUGCAAAAAGAGAAACUCCAUUUUCCUGGGGCUGAUGUUUUCAAUCUUUGGGUUAAUUACUUCUCUUAGGUGUCAUUUACCACCCUACAGAAAUGAAUCUGUAGUAUUUGCCUUCAGCUGCCAAUUUGAUGGCAAUGUCCAUGCUUAGUUAGCUGCUGUGUCUGACUUCUAGAAGUUUUUUUUUUUUUUUUUUAAUUCUGCAUUUCAAUUUUUAUAGCAGCCUUAUUUCACCCAGAUUAUUA